UUAUCCUUGUCCUGGCUUCAGGAUACAUCAUCGUUGUUACUCGGUGAUGCCUGGAAGCUUAGAAAGAGUAACAGCACUCUCAAAGCACGCUGGAUGGGGACAGAGCAGGUGGAGGGUUGGCACUGGUCUGAGCACGCUUCCUAGCUUUGAUGCUGUGUCUGGGAGGGAGUUGAAGGUUGAGCCUGGCGUGAGGAUUGGGUCAGUGCAUUGAUAAUUUGGGUAGCCACAUCUGAUGAGAGUUGUGACUGGCCACUUACGGGCUGUCAGGGUUAGAGUUAGAACUUGUAUUGGCAGAUAAUAUGUGUUUAUUAAGCAGUUAUGCUGGUAAGCACCAGCUGGCCCCCCCCAGGUCUUGUGAAGAUGGGGAUCUUUUAAUAAUACAAAACCAGAAAAUCUGGAAAAGAUCAGAAGGAGAAAUAAACGUUUGAUUUGGGGUUUUUGUUUUGUUGUUUUAUUCCCCUGGGAAACAGUGAAAAGAAACUUUUUAAUGUUUUUGAACCAAAACCCAGGUAAACUCCUGCUAAAGCUGUAAUACGUAUAUCCUUAAAUGAUACAAUAUAACCGGCAGGUAUUUCAAAAUAUGCUAUGAUGGAGAAUUAACUUUUUCCUGCAAGAUAUAGGGAGUGGAAUUGUCAGUGCUGUGUUAUGUUACCGACUCACAUCGGUUACAAUUUACAAUAAUUACAAAUGGUUACAAUAAUUGCAAAUCCAAUUUCCCUACAAACAGGUCGCAUGCUUGGAAGAAUGCAGAAACACAAGGUCUUUUGUUAGUAGGCUGCUUUCUGGGUCUGUGAAAACUUUGUUCUCAGAACUCAGCUAUGUUAUGCCUUUUAUUUCCUAAUAUUUUAAACGUGUUUCCUAUUUGAGAGCAAUCACCAAAUUCACUGAAGCAUGUGUGUGGAGCAGAUCCUAUAAGAUAACUGUCAUUAUCAAUAGAGUGACUGAAAAGGUUUCUGUUUGUGUGUAUCCCAAGGAUUGCUUUCUAGGUGCUAAUUUUACAUAAUGCUUGUUUAAAGUUGUGUUGGUUCCUGUUUGUUUAGAGUUAAAGGGUAUGGCAGCUAUUUGCGUUUUCCUCCAGCUAUCUUUUUAUGGGGUCAAGGAACAGCCCUAAGGCGGGCCUAGGGCUCCUCAGCAGCCUCUGCACACAGAGACAGUGACAGAGGGCCUGGCUCUUUCUUCAGCGUCCUCAGACUUCUUGGAAACAAUUAUCUUGUUUUUUUGCCAGUUCUGCUGUACAUGGGAUGAUGGAUGAUGUUCAGGUUUCUGACAACAUUAGGAACAGCAUUUGAGAUGACAGCAGUGGAGAAGAUUGAGGAGCAGCUUGCUAGUCUGAGCAUAGCAAAACGUUCUACGCUACUUGAGGAGCCUGCCUACUUGCUGGAUAUAGACGUUUCCAAACCAGCUCAAUCCGAAAGCAGUCGCUUUGUGGCAGUUUCAUGUUCUAAUAAGUCAAUUAGGGUCUAUAACAGGGAAACGUUAAGCUUCUUGCGGGAGUACAAUAGCCAUCCUGGGAUACUUAAUGGAGUCCGAUUUGCAAACACAUGUGACAGCAUAGUGUUUUCAGCAUGCAGUGAUGGUACAGUGAAGUGUUGGGAUAUUCGUUUAGCAACUCAGAAAGCUGUGCAGGUCUUCUAUGGCUAUCCUUCCAAUGUUUUCAUCAGUUUCGAUAUCAGCUGCAGUGAUAUCAUACUUUGUGCUGGAACAGAAAAAGUCGAAAAGGACACAUUUCUGGUGUUUUGGGAUGCAAGAGGCGUUGCAAACUGUGCCAGCACAAGUAAAGAACCCUUGGGAGUCUACUCUGAAAGUCACAAUGAUGAUAUCACUAAAAUUUGUUUUCAUCCUAUCGAACCCAGUUUGGUAGUUUCUGGGUCAACCGAUGGGUUGGUUAAUGUGUUUGACAUUAACAAGGAUAAUGAAGACGAUGCUUUGCUAUCAACUUACAAUUCAGAAUCAUCAGUAAGUUUUAUUGGCUGGGCUGGAAAAGAUUAUAAACAGGUCUACUGCGUGACACAUGAUGAGGGAUUUUGUUGGUGGGACAUAGCUCAGGUAGAUACCGAAGACCCAAUAACACUAUUGCAUGUUGUGGAUGUCAGAGAGGCAGUCCGCCCUGAAAACGACAGCUUACAUUACCUGGUAGGUGGCUUGUACCACGAAAAGGCAGACAAACUCUUUCUUAUUGGGGGAACGUCCAGAGGACACAUUCACCUCAUGAGCUGCAGCACCGACGGCCUGAGCCCGGUGGGUGCCCUUUGCGGAGGACACUCUGCUCCUGUUCGCUCUUUCUGCUGGAACCUGCCAGAUGAGUCUCUGCUGACGGGUGGAGAGGAUGCGCAGCUGCUGCUAUGGAAACCCGGCGCUGCGGAAAGGGCCCUCGCAAAGAAAGCGUCUAUGAAGAUUGCAUCUUCUGUGCAGAAGAGAGUGAGAGUUCACAAGAGCGCUCUCAAAAGCAGGAAAAGGUAACAUCUGGAAAGUGGGGAUCUCUGCUGUGUAGGGCUUUCCUGGUGUUUAAUCUCUCAGGCAGUACUUGGCUGUGCUUUAUUUGGAGGUGUUCUGUGGAAGGAACUGCGGUGCUUCAAUUCUACCUGGGAAUGAUGUAUUUCAGUCAUCAGAAGAAUGCCUUUUUGUGGGUUUUGUUUGUUUGCUUUGUGUAUUUGCGUUUUUUAAAGUUGCUAAUAUUAAUCAGAAAGGAGUAAAUGUUUGCUCUUGAGUUCUCGAAAAAUUUCUCUUACAUUUUUUAAAAAUGUUUCUGUGAUGGUUUAAUGCCUCAGCCAACACUUUUAAUGUGUAAUACAGGCCUGUGGCUUGCAUCAUUUGUUACCUUCCCACUGAAAUUCCCUGGCAUGUUUUAAAAGCUUUUGUAUUUCAUGCAGUAUUUUGCUUUCUUUACAGAAACUUUAAUGAAAUUGCUCAGUAUAUUAAAAGAUUUUAUGUCCCAUC